AUGGAAUAUCUUCAAGCUCGUCUAGACUCAUUUGCAUCUUCCAAGUCCAAGCGCACGAAGGCCUCCACUAGCAAGCACUCCUCCGCGUCCACUAAGUGGCCGCACCCUCCGACAUGGAAAGCCACUCCGACCAGUCUGGCCGAGGCGGGCUUCUACCACGACCCUAGCUCAAGUUCACCCGACAAUGUGACCUGUUUCAUGUGCAAGAAGAGUCUCUGUGGAUGGGAGCCGGAAGACGAUCCCUUCGAGAUCCACUAUGAGAAAUGCAGCGAGAUGUGUGGCUGGGCGGUCGUCCGGUGUCAGAAGCCUGACACCAACGGGAAGUUCGACUUCUCUGAUUCCACGCGUCAUCCUACGAGCAAAGAGAUGGAGAAGGCUCGAUUAGACACGUUCUCGCAAACUCAAUGGCCUCACGACGGUGUGAGGGGUCACGGCGCGAACUCCAAGGCGCUGGCGAAAGCUGGCUUCGUUUGGAAUGCGUCGGAGCCAGGCGACGAUACAGCGAUGUGCUUGUACUGCAAUUUGUCCUUAGGUGGCUGGGAUGCGGAAGAUGACCCUUACGAGGAGCAUCUUAAGCGGGAUAAGAAACACAAGACUGCGUGUGCAUUUCUCAAGGCUUUCGCGAGCACUUCGCUAAGCAAGUCCACCUCGAAACGGGCUCCGCCUAAAGCCGCGUCUAGGAAACUAUCUCGUUCGGUCUCUCAGACAAUCCAGAACACAGUGACGGAGGCACCAGAGGAAGAAUCAGAUGAUGAGCUCGCCGUUGCACCCUCCUCUGGAACCGCUCCUUCUAGGGGACCCUCUGGUAGAGCGAGCAAGUCGCGAUCAUCACGCGCAUCAUCCGCGCCUGCAAAGACCCCCGCUUCGCGACGCUCAACACGAGGAACGGGCACAAGUGGCAAGGCCCCCGGAAGCAAGAACACGGUGAGCUCGGAAGUGGAUGAGACGGACGGAGGGAGCGAGAGUGAGACAGGGAAGCGCGUGUCGAAGUCGAAACGCAAGACGGGCGGGCGGGCGAAGGCCCGAGUCUCGGCCAUCGUGGAGGAAGAUGUGGAGGAGGACGCUCCGAGGAGGACGCAACCCAAUGACGAUGUAGAGAUGGAGGAGCAAGAGAAAGCCCUGGACGCAGCGAAGGAGGAGAAGCGGAAGCGGGGACGGCCGCCUAAGAAUGCCGUUGCUGCUAAGCCGGCUUCGAGGGCGAGGACGAAGAAAGGUGUGGAACCAGAGGAGACAGAAGGCGCAUCGGGGACAGACAAUGAACCUGCUCCAGCACCUCCCCCGAAGAAGGCGCAUACACGGACACGUUCGAAGGCAAACCUGGACUCAGAAACAGAGGCCCCAGCACUAACGGCUCCAAAGCCGACGCAUACAAGGACCAAGUCGGGGUCCAAGGCGAAGGUCAAGCAAGAGCAAGUCGAGGAGGAGGUACCCGCGCCUGCACCUGCCGCUCCGAAAAGGAAGGGUAAACAGAAGGCUGCCUCCGUCGCUCCCGAGGAGGAGGAUGGAGACUUCGACGUCCCACCUCCACCCCCCAAAGCGAAAGGGAAAGGCAGGGCGCCUAGUUCAUCACGGCCGAAAGUCAAGGCCGAGCCUCAGCCCAUCGUUGAAGACGACCUCGUACCGUCUCACGACGAACCGGAACCCGAGUCCCCUCGCGAACGCCCUCAGACCAAUCACAGUACAUCCUCCCGUCCAUCGAAGGCACCAUCAAAGCGUACCCCUUCGUUGUCCGACGAUGCAGGCUACGCAACGGCAGAACCCCCUGCAGAUGCAGAGCGGAUGGACGUCGAUGGAGAUGAACCCCCGCUUGCGCCGCCUUCCAAGCAGCCCUUGUCUCGCAAGGCUGGCCCUUCUGGCUCACAGCGAGCAACGCAGGGAACGGCCUCUCGAUCGACACCGCAGUCAGUCGACGGCGAGACCACGUCACGGCCUAGCUCCGCGCUCAACGGCAUUACUCGCCAAAGCGCAGCUCCUCCCUCUCGGGCAUCUUCAGCGCGACCUAUUUCAAGAGUCCCUAGCGCCGUUAACCGAAGUUCUCUCAAGGUCAUCGAUAUCGACUCAGACGGGGAGGAGGGCCCAGUGCAAGCACCACCACCGAAACCGAAGGCUGUGGAACGCACGGUCUCUCUCAAUGGUAUGAAGAAGCCCCCAUCCAAGACGCCGGCCAAGAAGCUUCAGGUCGAGGUCGUACUUCCCUCCAGAACGAAGCCUCCCUCUCAGGAGACGGAGGAUGUGCGCAUGCCAGAGCCUUCGCCUACCAGUCCAGUCCGGCCCAAAGCCGCUCACUCGUCCAGUCCUGUGCGGGCAGCUCGGAAGCCUGACACCCCUGACACCCCCGUUUCCGCUGUCCACCGUUCUGCCCAGGUCUCCCCUGUACGCCCCCCACACCAGGCCUCUGGCGUUGCAGACGAUGACGUUGCUAUGCCGGAUUUCGAGCCGGCGGCGUCCACCUCCCCUCGCACCUACCACCCCGUCCUUGCCCAGGUUCCGAUCGAGAAGCUGACGGGCUUAACGGAAGAGGAGGCCAACAUGACGCUCGAGGAGUACAUCAGGCGCGAGACGGAGUUGCAGUACGCGCAGUUCAAGGCAGACGCGGAGAGGAAGAUCGACGAGUUCAAGCGAAAAGCUGCAGAGGCCAAACAGCUGAUAGAGACGGCCUAA